AUAAAGUGUUGAUUAGAUGGGACGCUUACUGGCCACCUGAUUACAGAGAUUUGCUGGGGUUCAUGUUCCAUUACAAGGAAGCACCUCACCAAAAUGUGACAGAGUUUGAUGGUCAAGAUGCUUGUGGCUCCAAUAGCUGGACUGUCGUUGAUGUGGAUCCCCCACAACGCACGACAGAUGGAAAGACACCAAAUCCUCCAGGGUACCUUUUACGUAAUCUGAAGCCGUGGACACAGUAUGCAGUAUUUGUGAAGACUCUGGUGUCUUCAUCAGAUGAAAGGGCAAAAACAUAUGGAGCAAAAAGUGAUAUUAUCUAUAUUCGAACAAAUGAAACAAUACCCUCUGUUCCACUUGAUCCGAUUUCCGUGUCCAACUCCUCAUCUCAGAUUAUUCUUAAGUGG